AUGACAGAAAGUGGAGCAUGUUGCACUUCACAACCAAUUCCUUCCUCUCCCAACUCAAAUCCUUUCAAGACUUGGCAAGAUGUUGUAGGAACUGACUCACAAUCUAGUGAAACAAACAUACCUGUGAACAAUAAUCCAAAUGAAGAGGGUAACACGCUCCCUCUUCCUAAUGGUGAUAUGUAUCAUACGGAAAUGGACUCACAAUUGACAGAAAGCGAUAUGCAACAAAGGACUAAAGAUCUUCGAAAGCAACUGAAACUUGACCUAGCUGAAUCAAACUCUGAUUCAAACUCUAGCCUUCCACCACCAAAGAGUUCUUGGUUAUUGCGGCUGUUUGAAUCAAAGCUAUUUGACAUGUCAAUAGCGAUUGCAUAUUUAUUCAAUUCCAAAGAACCUGGAGUUCUUACAUACCUUGGAAACAAACUAUUUGUGAGUAUUAUGAGGAUUGUUAUUCUGAGAUCAAAAUGGAUUGCAAUAAUUUACAACAAUCCUGUUUUGAUAUCUCAAUUCAGACACGGUUUGUAAUUUUGCUGUAAUUUAACUGUUAUUAUCUUGCAUGCACAAACUAUGAUAAUACUCUCCUUUGUGAGUAAGUCACCAUGCCAGUAGUUUGACCUGUUGUAAACAUUUACUCCAAAAUAGGAAAAUUUUUGGAAAAAACCUUUUUAGUCCUGCAGUAAUUGUUUUAACUUGAAAACGACAGACUUAAUGUAGAAUCUAGAGCAUAUUUUAAUAAGAUUAAGCUGAGAUUGAUAAAGUAAUAUUGAUUCAGAACCACCUUUAAUUUGUGUGACUUUCAGAUUUCUGAUUUAGCUGCCCCUCUUUAUUCCUGAUAACUCCUAGAGCCUUUUAAUUUUAUUAUACAGAGGUGCGAUUUAUUGUGAAUUUUCAGUUAGGUGUCAAAAGCAAUCUAAGAUUGCUUAGGUUCUUGCUGCAUCAAGGCUGGUGGUUUUUUCAUAAACUUAAUUCUUACCUCUUGGAAAAGUAGAUAUAGAGCUUAAACCAUUUGCAGCUUAGUCAUAGUGAAACAGUUUGUAUGUCUUCAGUUUGAGUUUGUUGUGGUUCCUUUUGAUAUUGGACUAAUUGGAGCAGUUAUUGAGUAGUUACAAUUACUUUGAUUUUGGUUUUAUAACAUCCAAUUGAUAUAUUCUCAAUUGAUAAUCUCUGGUAACAUUGUGUAGCUUCAUGAGAUAAAGAAGACAUAGCUUAAUAUUACAUACUGUUAGGUAUCACACAAGUGAUAGUGCUUUUUGAGCACACUGGUUGGUUAGCUUAGAAUGACAAGAAAGUAGACUUAAACUCCCAGCAGCCAAAGAGACAAAAUCAUGCAUCUGGAUUUAAAUCCUUUUUUUUUUUGGUAUUGACAGAUUUGAAUUAUAUAUUUGUUCACAAAUACAAUUAUUCACUUCAGUGUGCAUGAAAGUGGUAGAUACAUGAAUCUGUCUCAGGACUUUGCUUUGUAAACAUUCACCACUUAUCACCUCCUCCUUGAUGAACGAUUUUUAACUACAAUUUACAUUUUUUUUGAAAUCACACAUGUGAAGAUAGAGCAAUACACAAUCUCUUAAACAAUCUAUAACUGGGUAUGUCUUUAAGAACAAUUUUGUUUAUCUCCUAGACCUUUGAUGAUGAAGAUGUGAACUUUUAUUUGCCUCAGCUAAUGUAAGUUAUUGCUGUUUUGUGUAGUUUAUAGUUAUCACCCAAUAAAAAUCAUUGUUUUUUUUUGGUCCUGAAAUUUACCCAAAGGUUAAUUGCAUAGCCAAAAAUUUAUGGCGGAGAAUUAAUGUUCAAAAAAUUUCUUACAAUUUGAGUUUUGAAUUUGAGUUUCCUUUUUGUGUGAAUCUCUUGCUUACCUUUGACACUCAUGCUUAAAUCAAAAAGAUGACAAGAAGCUGUUUUUUAAUUUAUUAUGUGCUUAUGUGCUGUAUUAACUUAUUAUACAUUUCCUUUUACAACAGUAUUACAGUCAGCAUAUUCUAUAAUUACUUGGCUAAAAUAUUAUGUUUUAGUAACAUGUACAUCCAUGUGGAAGAAGUGUCAGAGGCCCUUCAUAGGUAUUUGGUGGAGAGAUGCAAAAGAAGCUUUGCCUUUGCUCUACAGGUAUGUGAGAUUAAUUAAACAGUUCACUUGUUUACAAUACAUUAACCAAUUUUUGUGGGUAUUUUUUAUGUAUAAUAUGUGUGAUUCAAACCCUGCACACACUUUGCCAAAGUAAAUUUUAUGACAGCGGCUCUUUGGUCACUGUUAUUGUCCUAAUCCACCAGCAACUGAAUGCAGCUUAAGAAUCUUUGAAUAUGUAUUCCUAUAAUUUGCAAUGCGUGCUAGAGUACUGGUUGGAAGUCUAACAGUUUGAUGGUGACAGGUAGCUGGCAUUAUCAUUAGGAAAGGCUUACUACUCAACAAACAAAUUUAUAUUUAUUGCUUUGUACACAACACUUUAUGGGUUGGACUAUCAAUUAUGGUAAUCUGUGGCAUGGAUUUUAGUAAAUUCACAGUAUAACUUGACAAUUCAUGCUCAAUGGAGUGAAGCUUUACAUGUAAAUUUAUGGUUUUUAAAAAUUCUCCAGGCUUCUUGGCUGUUAGAAGCUUACUGUGCUGAUGGAUGGCUACCAUCAAAAGAAUAUGCCAGAGGUGUCAAGCUACUACAAAUGAUUUUGGAUGAGCUCAGGCCAAGGUACACUUGCAUUUCAUAAAAUUCUCUUCUAUAACUGUAGAUUGAAUUCUGGUUGAGUAAUUUCAUAGUUCCUAACUGACAAAGUUAAAGUAAGGAAUGUUAAGGGAAUUAUUCAAGAAACAUUGUGAUAGGAUGAGUAUUUUGCUGCUUCAAAGGACAGUCUCUAUAAACAUUCUUGCCUAACAUUGAAAUAGAAUUUAAACAAAAGAAAGAAAGAAAAAUGUCCCAUGCAUUCAUACAUAAUUUUGCUGGUAGGUGAUUGAAAUCCAUUGCAGGUUGAAAAAGAAACAUUUUCUAUAGUGCAUUUAUUAAGUUAUGUAUGUAUUUAUAUAAUAUCUAUUUUACUUGUUACAGGUCACCCUUAAGUCCAUCUGGAGCUGCUGGUUCUCACACCUUACCUUUACCUGCUUCUCCAGGAGCCACAGGCUCAACAUUUACCACUCCACCAAAGAAAACUCACCAGAGAUCAAAAUCAGAUGCAACUGCUGCUAUAACAGCUUCUAGUCGUCUGAUGCAAGUUAGUGAUAAAUAGGAGGGGACUUGACAAUGAAAAUGAAUGAUUUAACAAAUAAAUGAAUUAAAGAGAUUGGAUUUUAGCAUGGGCAUCCUGACAAGGUGGAUUGUUGUCCACUGUUUACAACCUGUUGAAUUGGAAUUUGAAAUGUUGAAUUUUGUUGGUACAGAGAAAUUAGAAAUCUGAAAAAAAACCUUUUGAUAAGGAUGAGAAUUUACAGUGAACUCAGUUUCCAUGAAGCAUCAUGCUUAGGAUUGAAACCAAGGACAUUACAAGCUAAAUGCUCUCAUUGCAGUAUCAUCCCUGCCAAUCCUCUAGAAAUUGCAAACAAUUUUGCAUAUCCGUAAAAUACUGCACAAGGAACUCACAUUGACCUAAGAGUGACCAGCAUCUAAUUUCUCCUCACAGUAAUGCUAAACUAAAUCAUUCAUGAAGAUUACGAAAAUAACAGUAUGUAGAAUAGUAUGGAAAAUAUGGAUACUGAGGUUGGGGUGUAAAGGUUUACAUAUUUGCAGAUGUCUCACAGCUUGUCUUUUUUUUUUCAGUCAAAUGAAUAUGAAUCCCCAACUGGAGACCUGAGAUAUGGCCAUGCAUUUGAUAGCCGCUGUGCCAAACACUCGCCAGCAGUAUCUCCCAAUGCCUCAAGUCCUGUUCUUUCUGAGCUAGAUCGCACUCCAGAUUGUGGCUGCCAGGUUAGAAUUCUCUCUCGGUAUUCUUACAUCAUUUCAUACAAUCAUGCUUGUUUUCUUUUUUCUUUUUUUUUUUGACUUGUUUGCAGUUGAAAUAGCCAUUUGAUGAUUUGUCUUCUUCCUUUGUCCUUUUUUCAGUCCCCAAAGCUGGUAGCUCAAAGAGAGUUCAUAAGUGCAUUGAUUGCAGUAGGAAAGAGGCUCACUUCUUUGCCAACAAAAGAACUUAAGAGUGAGUUUGUUUAACCCUUUAAUACUAACAGUGACCAGCAUGUAAUUUCUCCUAACAGUUAUACUGUUGAGCUGUUCAUCAAGAUUAUGAGAGUAAAGGAAAUGAUCGCUAAUGUUAGAAGCUUUGAUUGUUAAACAGAUUCUCCUUGUCACUACCAAAGUAAAUGUAUAGAGAAGAAUGCAAAGAAUAUGGAUACUGAUGUUAGAGUAUAGAGAGUUAAGUACAGUGUAUGUAAAUUCUUACUGACAUGAUUACUUUCCUCUCUGACCCUUUCCAUAGCCUCUAGACUGUAUGCAGAGUUAUCACUCUUAAAUCUGAACUUGCCAGCCAAAGUGAGCUUACCAGUUCACAGUGGAAUUGGAAAUCAUUAUGUUGUCAGAAUACCACACACUGCGGCAGUGGUUCUAAACUCCAAAGAUAAGGUUAGCCAUCGUAGAGUGGGAUACUAACAGAUUCCUACCAGUGCUUAUAAGAUUAAUUAUUUUAUGGCAAGGUUGUUGUGAGGUAAAUCUGAACAUUCUGAUUGCUUCUUACUUGGGCGGGAUUUUGUCAUAAGGAUCAUUACCAUGGAAACAGUCAUAAGCUGUCAAUAUUUGUUCACUAAUGUAUGUUUAUAAUUAUUCACCAUGUUUGUUUUUAAUUGAUUUGAAUUAAUUGUAUCUCACAGAUUUGUAAAUGUAUCGAGACUUGUGAAAUGUAUCCUAAGAACUGUUUAUUAUUAUCAUUAUUAUUAGUAGUGGUAGUAGUAUUACUAUCAUCAUUUAAAGACACUUAGAGUGUCUUAACAAUCCGUCUGUUGUAUUGCAGGCUCCAUACAUGAUAUAUGUUGAGGUUUUGUGUACUUCAGGAAAUGGAGAUGAUCCAUUCCCAACAAAACAGUUCCAACCUACAUUACGACAAACAAGGUAACUCAGCAAUAAUAACAUUGUGCUGUACUUCAUUUGUAUUCAUUUGUACUUCAUUUAUAAACAUUCUAUUGUAAACAAACAUUCAGUUCUAAUUACUUUGUAAAAUAGAUGGUGUAAAUGUGGGUAUUUUAUAUCGGUAAGUGUUGUAAAAUUGCAUUAUGUACUCAAUAUGUUGUAAGCAGAAUAACCUGGAGUCUAGUGUAAGUACUGUGUAUGAAGUUAUUGUUAACGUAAGUUUCUUUUUUCUUUUUUCUUUCUUCCUUCUCAUAAAUAAAUAAUUAAUUAAAAAUAAUAAUUAUAAUUCCUUUGGGAGUGAGGAUGUGCAGUGGACUUCCCCUUGGACAUGUAGAAGUUAAUAGUUACUAUAUUAUCAUCAUCAUUUUACACUUUAUGUGCACUAUUGUUUUAGGAAAGCAAGAACAAUGUCAUACUAUUUCACUGUCAGCUCCAGUAUCACUAACAAUGGUGUUAUCUCCCAUGGCUUCUCUAUAUAACUGAUACAUAAAUUUUUUAAUAGUUUAUUACAACUGUUUUCGUUACAAUUGUCUGUGUUUCUUUCAGAGUCACUUUGACUUCAGCUGACCACCAGUAACACACACACGCGAUUCCUGAUUACUAAUAUUCUUCAAUUUUUUUUCUGUAGGUCUGAAGAACAUUUGCCAACUUACUGCCGGUCAGAAGUUUCCCAGUUUGCAGUGAGUAAUUGAUAAAUUCAGUUUGAUAACCUGUAUUAACAACUGCAUUGCUAAGUGGAGGUUGAGUGCCUGAGACAUUUGUGAGCUUCCACUAUUGGCAGCCAGUGCCUAGAUGGAGACUGCUCCAAUGGCUGGCAAAUUCUGGCAACCUAGCCAUGAGCCUCCAUGCAGGAAAGAGAAACAGGCACCCAUCAAACUGAAUAAAAAUUGAAAAGAGAGGGGGAAGGAGUAGGGAAAACUGCCUGGACGGUGAGCCCCCACUCAAAACAACACUGAAGUUCAUGCAAGAACGCCUCAAUCAAAUGGCACUUGGAAUUCUGAGGCAUGCGCAUAUGCAAAAACUGUAAACUUCUAGAGAAUGCUGUUGUUCUUUGUUGUUAACUCAGUCUUUUAAAUUGCAUUUGACUGCAUUUAUGUUGAAGGUCUUUCUGUCUUAGGAUCAUAUAAAAUGAUAAGUGCUACACCUGUUACACAUACCCACACCUGUUACUUCAAUCAUAGAGAAAACUGUUCAGAAAAUUAGAAAAGAGUGGUGUUCACUAUCUGAGUGAAAAUUUAACAAGAAUUUCAUUUUCUUUGUUGGUGCAAUAGAUAUCAUCUGGUGGUGACUCAGACGAUGAAUGCUGGUCUACUGUGAUAGAAGAUAAAACAAAUCAAGACUCAGAGGAUGUAAGUUUCUCUUUUUGAUUAUUUAUUAACCCUUUGACACCUAAACGUGAUUAGCAUCAAAUUUCUCAUCACAAUAUCAUCCCUGAAUCAAACAUUAAGGUCACGAGAAUAAAGGAAAUGAAAGUUGUGAGAAUAGAGGAGAUGAUCACCAACUAAAGCAGCUGUUGAUUGUUACACAAAUUCUCCUUGUCAGCCUCUUUUGAAAUGUAUAGAGAACAGUAUGGAGAAUAUGUAUACUGAUGUUAGUGUGUAAAGGGUUAACAACAUUUUUCUUUUGUUUCUCCUUUCCUUGGGUCUGUUUACCCAAUAUGUGUGUGAUUUGUUAAGAACAUCAGUGACACUUUUUUGUUCCUGCCACUUUUGAACAUCAUCUGUGAUCUUUUACUGAACAGGCGCACAGCAACAUGUAAUAUAUUUGUUUGUUAGAUAAUCCUUAACCCUUUAACUCCCAGAAGUGAUUAACAUGAAACUUUUCCCUGUAAUAUUCAUACAGUAUCCAGCAAACAGGUAAUGAGAAUAUUCAAACUUAUCAGGUUAAAGCUGCUAUCUUGAUCUAGCAACAAAGGGGAGAAUUAGCGAUUAGAUCUUGAGAGUUAAAGAGUAAAUAUUGCAUUGCGUAUCAUCGCUAAAGUUUUGCCCACGGUUAGCGCACGCAUUAUGAAAAAAUGACAGCUUUUUCAGGGAGCAUCCGAAUGCAGGUUCUCUCUCAGCAAAAUGACUUCAAGGUAGUUUAUUUAACGUAUCUGUUGCCAUUUGUAGGGCCCUUUUGUCGCUGCUGGGGACAUAAGACGAAGACUCUCAGAGUCUCUCAGUGCGCCUCAGGCCUUGUUCAAGAGAGACCCUGAAGAUCCUUCAGGUAACAAGUCGACAUGUUAUUUGAAAGUGCUCUGUUGUGCUUAUCCUUUUUUCUUCAUUUGCUGAUGUGUUUUAUUCGGCUUUGGUCUCAUUUUAGCCGCUGUCCUCAAGGAACCUUGGGAAGAGAAAGAGGCAAGGAUUCGAGAAGCAUCGCCUUAUGGUCACGUGCCUAAUUGGAAUAUCCUCUUUAACCCUUACCCCUAAGGUUAAGUGGCUUUUAAUUUCUCAUAAGAGUAUUUCCCUUCAAUCAAAUGUAAAGUUCACGAGAAUGCAGGGCAUCAUCGCCAAUUUAUGAAGCUCCUGAUUGUUGCACAAAUUCGCCUUGUAAGUACAAUAGAAAUUGUCAUGAGAACAACAUAAGUGUAAAGGGUUAAUGUCGGUGGAUACGGGUGCGUUUGGAACACAAUGUUCCAGAGUGCGCCAUUUUAGAUGUGUGAUAUCAUUCACGUUUUUUGUGAUUUAAGCGGAGAUUUCAAGUGCAAUUUAUUUUUACAAUUGUAACAAAUGGAGAAAUUCUUGGUGACAAGUUGGCAAUACCACUGUAUCUCCCCAAAUGGAAGGAACCCAACAGGUUGAAUUGCCACACGUUUUUCGGACAAUUUAUAAAACAACUAUGACAUACUAAGAGCCCUCCAAGAAAAACCAGAACUUCUUCAUAAUCACAGGGCUUUAAAAAUGAACAAGAAUACAAUGAAAUUCAAGAUGCAAACUUAAAUUACCGUUAAAAAACGAGGUAGCUUUUUUUUUUUUUAAACUCGAAUAAAGCGUGCGAAUUCUUAGAAAUUUUCUUGACUGUUACGUUCACAACUGUUACCGAUGAUCGUAAAGUGUGGCGAUGAUCUUCGGCAAGAACUUCUGGCCUAUCAACUGUUGCUGCAAUUCCAGGUUUGUUGUACACCGUUAUCGCUCGUUAUGCCGUCGUGGAAUUAUUUCAGUAUCGUUUAUUAUCUUAUACUGGAGUUUCUGUUGAUGAUGCAAGCGAAAGUUAGUACCCCCUCCCCCCGCCCCAAUCUUUAGUAUGAAGAGUAAAUGCAGUUGCCACACGUCGUGUGAACAUUGCAGUUUAGGUGGACGUGACUAGAAAAGGAUUGCAGUGAAUGUGAACUCUUUUUAAAUCCCUUGGACCCCUAAGAGUGAUUGGUAUGUAAUUUCUCCUUGCAAUAUCUCCCCUGGAUCACAAAUCAAGGUCGCAAGAAUAAAGGAAAUGAUCACCAACAAAUGAAGUUCUUGAUUGUUAAACAAAUUCUCCUAGUCAGCUUCUACGAAAAUGUUUGGAGAACAGUGUGGAGAAUAUGCAACCUGAUGUUAGGGUGUUAAGGGUUAAAACUAAGGAUGUCACAAUGGUUACGAGUGUUUUAGACUCCCUGAGAGGGUUUCUUUGCGAGUUACCGAGGAUCUUAAGGGUAGAGUUUCCAAAAGGUAUUUAAGUAGCAUUAAUGUAUCUCUUGGUGCAUGGAGGGUCUCCAUCAUUUACCAAGGGGUGAAGGAUAUCACUUAGUCAGCCUGACCCAGAAAUAUAUCUGUGACAGACUGUUGAGAUUGUUGCCAACUCUUCACACAACAGAGCAAUUGGGGUGUAGAGUUAAACUCUUGCAAAUAGUGUUAGAAUUCCGUUGCAAAAUUAAUAGUCUUCACUUCCCACAAUAAGAGUGCAAUUUGUCUCCUUACUGCAGGCCAUUUGGAAACAGGAAAGAGUUCCCUUGCGUCUUCGACCGUAAGUAGAACAUUACAACAUGUAAUUUCUCCUCACAGUACAACUGCUGAAUCAUUUAUUUGAGAUUAUGAGAAUAAAGGAAAUGAUCGCCAACUGAAGAACCUUUUUUUUUUGGUAAACAAAUUCUCCUCGUCAGCAACUUAGGAAAUGUAUAGAAAACGGUAUGGAGAUUGUGCAUACUGAUGUUAGGGUGUAAAGGGUUGAUGUUUUGUCUCGUAACUAGUCAGCACAUGAUGACUCUACUUCCCAGUUGACUAUAUUUUGUGCCCUUGUCAAGUCAUGGAACAUCUACGUUACGUUAUGUUUCAAAGGAUUGCGUUAAAUCUUUAAAACACUUCAUCUUUUCAAUGUUAGGUACGCUGUUAUGGUGACCUCGAGCGACAGUGGGCUUAUUGAACCUGUAGUGAACGCCGUGUCACUCCAUCAGAUCAAGAAAAACAGUCAGAUGUCACUCUUGAAAUACUUCAUCAAGGUACUUAAUUCUCACAGGCUCACAUAACUAUGAAAUUAAUCCUUUCACCUCCAAGAACCCAUUAGUAAUUAUUUUGAAUGUCUUUCAUACAGUUCUUUUGUUGUUAGUUUAGAUCACCUAAUAAUCCCUUAAUUGAUAUUUUUCUUUAUUUUCAUCUCGUCUGCUCGAUAUUGUGUUAGUAUUGUUAGGAGAAAUUAUGUCUUGGUCUCUCAUGGAAGUGAAGGGUUAAAGAAGUCUGGUGUCUUAAGUUGAAUCUUGGGUUCACACAUUAAACAUUUAAACUGGUCGAAAAAUGACGCCAUUGUCUCUCUGAUCCAGCUCAUUCAAUUCAAUUUCGCUAAAACAUGGUCUGUUGUAGGCGAAAUUUUUAAAUGAGAAAUCAUGCCCUGAAAAAAUUGUCGAUGAAAUUGAAACGCGAAAUAUUGACAUGGUGCGUUGAGCCUUAAAAAAGCAUCCGAAUUUAGCAAGGAAGAGAGGGGUUUUUCACCAUAGUAUCACGUCAAGUUUGAGAGUUCUAAAUUCCAAAACUUUAGCUAACAGGAGAAGCGUCAAUAAAGGUUCUUUUGAAAGUUAUCCCCAACUGGGGUUUUUGGAAACUGUAUAUCGCAAGUUUUCCAUCAAGGCAAGUGUACUUGUUGAGAAAAUAGGUGUUUACUAUCUAUUUUUGACAAGUGUCAAAGUUAUCUACACUUGCAGACAACCUUUGCCUCUCCUUACUUAAAAUCUGACACGUUAGUUGGUAGAAGGAAAGAGCUCUCGUGUUCCGUCAUUCAGAUUUUUUUUUGUGGGGGGGGGGGGGGGGGGAAAUUCACCAAAGACAACUUGCGAGUAUGAAUGCGGAUUUAUUCCCUUUAGAUUUGAUUUGUAGUGUUUGUGCAGAUGUUUCAAUUGAACUUUUAUUCCCCGUUUUUAGGAGCACGGAGAAGUGAACUCGGAAGAGUUCCUUAACGCUCAGCGAAAUUUUGUCCAAAGCUGUGCUGCUUACUGUUUGAUCUGUUACUUCAUGCAAGUUAAGGACAGGUGAUAACAAUAUGUUUUUGACUCUGAUGAUAACCUCCGCUCAGGUUGUCAAGCGUUAGUCACUACUACCGACAACAGUCCUUCUCAGAACCACACUUACCCCGACGAUCCGACUACACGAUCACAUCUCACCCCCGGGUUCAACAGUUAACUAUAAUGUGCUUUGCCUUCGUGGUCAAAUAACACUUAGGGGUGAUUUACAUCCGAUCUGAGAAGCUGUAUCUUGGUAUUUUUCAGAAUCUUGUAGGUAGUUAAUCUUCACCAUAAACCAAUGAGAAUAUUUCGGUAACUUCAGGGUUGUGCUCUAACAGAGCGCAGGUUCUACAUACACAGGCGACUGGCUUAUGUUUUGUGUGGCUGAUAAAACUUUGCCUUUAUGAAAGCUUUUAAGAGCUGAGUACCCCAGAUUUCUGAGACUUUACAGGUAUUUUUGGACCAUCCUUGGAGGUGUUAUUUUUUUUUAACUACGCAUCUUUUCCAUAGCUACAAUUUGGGCUCAUUCUAGACAGAACUCUCUUGCAAGUUGGAUGACCUAAAUAUUGUUUAUGUUUUAGGCACAAUGGCAACAUUUUAUUGGACGGAGAAGGCCAUAUUAUCCAUAUCGACUUUGGCUUCAUUCUUUCGUGUUCUCCUCGAAACUUAGGUUUCGAAAGUUCCCCCUUUAAACUCACGCACGAAUUUGUAGAGGUAACGUCAUUUUGUCCUUCCCAUUCUCGUUAUCUUUAUUUUGUGUUCUAGAUUGUAUUGAGUAAUAAACGAUUUCUGUUCCAUUUGAAGGUUAUGGGCGGAAUUGACAGCGACAUGUACAACUACUUCAAAAUUCUGAUGCUUCAGGGCUUCUUAGCCGCGCGAAAGAACAUGGACAAAUGUCUUCAGAUAGUGGAGAUCAUGCAAACAGGUACAUGAUUGGGUUUGCCCCUUUUCUCAUAAGAAUCUUAGCACCAGAGUUCGUAUAGAGUGUUGAAUUCUUGAAAGAGUACGGAAAUAUCAAAACUAAUUUUAAAGACGUGGGAAAAGUAUUGAUCCUUCGCGCGAGUCAGGAGGAAAAGCAAUGAUGCUAUUGUUUUUUUGUUUUUUUUUUCGCUGAGUGUUUUGAUUCGCGCGACGGAGUUCCCAACAAAACAGGGACUGCUCGUAGUCUAAACUCUUGUGGAGAAGGGGUUCUCUUGCAAGAGAAGUGGUUCAUUCCAAUUUGAGAUCUUUGUUGGCUAAACUGAUUUUAUGCAAAUUACCUUUACGAAAACUUUUUAUCUGUAUUGUCAGUUAAUUUGCAAUUUUGGGGCAAGCCCCUGACGUCUGCUAUUCUGCUCAGGUCAUGUCAUUGGGCUCACUCUAUAAAAUUAUAAUACUGAGUGGUCUUGAAAAAGUCUUGAAGGAGCUUUGAAUCUCCUUGUGAUAUUCUGUCUGCCUGAGCUAAGUAAGUAGUAUUCCUCAUCACAUAGGUUGAGGAAACCUUAUUGAGGCCAUCGGGGAGGACGUUGGGAGUGAGGCCUGGUACAGACUAUUAUCAAAUUCUGAUCUGCAUUUCGUGUUAUUGUACUCAGGUUCACAGCUUCCAUGUUUUAACCGAGGCUCGUCCACAGUCCCCGCAAUGAGAGAAAGAUUUCAUAUGAACCUAACAGAAGAACAGCUUGACACGUUUAUUAAUGAAUUAGUUGAGACUAGCAUGCACUCAUUGACUACUAAACUUUACGACGGUUUCCAAUACCUCACGAAUGGUAUUCUUUAACACGAGACUGGAUCGGCAGGCAAGAUGGCUAGUUUCUAAUAUGGUCAAAGAAGUGUACCACAAAUUUGCACCGAACAGGGAGAUACCCCCCCCCCCGACUGAACGUUCGACAGUUCUUUUAAUUAAGUUUUGAAAGCACAGGGUACAGAAUGUAACAAGCCAGGGAAGGUUUCGAGAACACUUCAACAAAUGAAGGAAAGUGUAUCAACUCAGAUGUAACAGUCAAUAUUGGGGUACAUUUGAUCAAUGCGCUGUAUGCUGAAAAGGCAGACGGGCUUGCAUUCAUCUUUUUUUCUCCUAACACUCGAAGGGAACCUACAGGUACCCAACAUAAUUGCAAAGGAUACGGGUUGGAUAUUUUCUUUUGUGAAGGAAAAGUCACUGGACAACGAAUUGGAUGGAAUAGCACCACGAACUUUUACCAGGAAAACGACAAUUUCUCAGUUAUUGAACUAAUGUUGUAGAUAAAGUUUAAUUCAGCUUUGUGCUCCUUCAAUUUAAAUGAUGAGCUUCUCCGCAACGUGUCCUCAUUAAUUUUUUUGGGGUCGUGCAACGAUUUGUCGUGUAUAAUUCGGCGAUGUUUGGUAAUUUUGACGUCGUUUCCACUUAAUUUGACUCUGAUGUUUUCUUCAAAUCCUUUACUAAAUUUGAAAAAUAUCAUCUAAGUAUUUUUAAAAGAAUUAAUAUAAUGACUGAAAAGAAACGGGUUUUAUGGGCUAACAAUGACAACCGUUGUGGGUGGUUAGUUCUAAUCGGCACCAGUAGGCCAUUUUUCAGUUGUGUGCUUAGUUGCCAAGCCUUUGAUUUGGAGUGAGGCUGAAGGUGACCUUAGUGUGAUAGAGACCAGUAUCUAGUUAGCAUGAUAACAAACAAAUUAAUUUGCAUUUGAAAAGCAGCAAGGUUUGUAUCGUAACAAGGUCGCCCUUAGCCUUAUUCCUGCUCAAAGGCUUGGCAACCAAGCACACAACUGUAAAAUGGACUAUUGUUAGUGUGAAAAGGAAAUGAAACAAGAUACAUGGACUCAGGAUAAAAUACUUGUAAAUGUAAUGAAAUUAUAAAUAAUUCGAGCUUCCUCAUUUUCAAAUCGCUGUAUAUUGUUACCUCUAGAAUUAUAGAUUCGGUUUUAUUUUAUUAUUAUUUUUCAAAAGGAAUACACUCUUCACUUUCAUAAACCUUUCAUCAUGGACCUCAAAAUGAAAGAUGAUGUGAUGUGGCUGGAUUCUUGAGAACUGCCUUAAGUUUAACCUUGACAGUUUUACUUAGAUCGUCGAAAUUGCUACUAUUUGAUUGCAGGCACACGUCUUGGUUUUCGUGCUUUUGUAAUGUCAAAAAAACUAUUGAUUAUCAUUUUGAUAUUUUUAACAAUUUGGUUAAUAAAAGGAGCUGUUCUUGCUCGCUUUUUCCCAC